GAUGAUUCAACGAUCAAUAAUACAUGGCAAAAUAAACUAUCAGAGUACAGGAAGAGAGGAGUAGAGUGCUUGGCAGCCUGGAUUGUGACCAAAGAGCAUGAGGGGUGCUUUCUCGAUGGGACCUUGAAACUCGGCGACUCGCUUGACGUGAGAUUUGGCAUUUCGCUUGAGCUUGGAGUUCAGGAUCCUCACCAGUACAUGCUUAUUCCAAUGAUCGAACCUUUUGUCGACUUUCUCCAGCCCCAGCUGCUCACAAAAUACACGCCCACACCGAUGUUCAUACCCGUCAGAAGAAGUAAAGCGUGGCGCACAAAUCUGGGAGACAGUUCUUUGGGAUGGACGUGA